AUGGAGGAAAAUUGUUCUGACAACUUGCUCUCUCAUAACGCAGAGAUGUGUGACCAGACCUUCUUAGCGAUUGUGUUUGGUCCGUGUGACAAGUGCUCCAACGAGAAGCCCCUUAGGGCUGUUUACAUCAAAUCAGAACAGCUCAGCUACUGCUCACUAUGUGUGGAAAUGGACAAGGAUAAGUACCAGUUUGGUAAGACAAAAAUAUUUUUCCGGGCUGGUCAAGUAGCCUAUCUUGAAAAAAUAAGGGCAGAUAAGUUGAGAGCUGCCUGUAUCCGCAUCCAAAAGACAAUCCGAGGUUGGCUGAUGAGAAAGAAGUACAUGCGCAUGAGGAAGGCUGCCAUCACCAUUCAGAGAUAUGUCAGAGGGUACCAAGCACGAUGCUAUGCCAAGUUCCUACGGAGGACACGGGCUGCCAUCAUUAUUCAGAAGUUCCAGCGCAUGUAUGUGGUCCGCAAAAGAUACCAGUGCAUGCGAGAUGCUACUAUUGCUCUUCAGGCUCUCUUAAGAGGUUACUUGGUCAGAAACAAGUACCAAAUGAUGCUUCGAGAGCACAAGUCUAUCAUUAUUCAGAAACAUGUAAGAGGCUGGCUGGCUCGAGUGCACUACCAUAGGACCUUGAAGGCAAUCGUGUACUUGCAAUGCUGUUACCGGCGCAUGAUGGCCAAGAGGGAGCUGAAGAAACUGAAGAUAGAGGCUCGGUCUGUGGAACGCUACAAGAAGCUUCACAUUGGCUUGGAGAACAAGAUCAUGCAGCUGCAGCGGAAAAUUGAUGAACAGAACAAAGAGUACAAAUCUCUGCUGGAGAAGAUGAAUAACCUGGAGAUCACAUACAGUACAGAGACAGAGAAGCUUCGGAGUGAUGUGGAGAGGCUUCGUAUGAGUGAAGAGGAAGCUAAGAAUGCAACCAAUCGUGUUCUCAGCCUUCAGGAGGAGAUUGCCAAGCUCCGGAAGGAGCUGCACCAGACUCAGACUGAGAAGAAGACAAUUGAGGAAUGGGCAGACAAAUACAAACAUGAAACUGAGCAGCUGGUAUCAGAACUGAAAGAGCAGAACACAUUACUGAAAACAGAAAAGGAGGAGCUGAACCGCCGCAUCCAUGACCAAGCAAAGGAGAUAACAGAGACAAUGGAGAAGAAGCUAGUGGAGGAAACGAAGCAGUUGGAGCUAGACCUGAAUGAUGAAAGGUUACGGUAUCAGAACCUGCUGAAUGAGUUCAGCCGCUUGGAGGAGCGGUAUGAUGAUCUCAAGGAUGAAAUGAACUUAAUGGUGAGCAUCCCCAAGCCUGGACACAAAAGAACGGAUUCAACUCACAGUAGCAAUGAAUCUGAAUAUACUUUUAGCUCUGAGAUCACAGAAGCAGAAGACUUACCAUUGAGGAUGGAGCAGGAGCCAAGUGAGAAAAAGGCGCCAUUGGACAUGUCUCUGUUCCUCAAGCUGCAGAAACGGGUUACGGAGCUGGAGCAAGAAAAGCAAUCCCUGCAGGAUGAACUGGACAGAAAGGAAGAACAGGCUCUUCGUGCCAAAGCUAAGGAGGAGGAAAGGCCUCCAAUAAGAGGUGCAGAGUUGGAGUAUGAAUCGCUCAAGCGUCAAGAGCUUGAAUCUGAGAAUAAAAAACUGAAGAAUGAGUUGAACGAGCUGCAGAAGGCCCUCACAGAAACACGAUCCCCAGAAGUAACUGCUCCUGGUGCUCCAGCAUACAGAGUUCUCCUGGAUCAGCUGACUUCAGUAAGCGAAGAACUGGAAGUACGGAAGGAAGAAGUGCUUAUCCUGAGGUCUCAGUUGGUUAGCCAGAAAGAAGCUAUUCAACCCAAGAAUACCAUGACAGAUUCUACAAUCCUCUUGGAGGAUGUGCAGAAGAUGAAAGACAAAGGGGAAAUAGCACAGGCAUAUAUUGGACUGAAGGAAACAAACAGGCAAUCUCCCCAGGACUAUCAUAUGCUGAAUGAGGACGGAGAACUUUGGCUGGUUUAUGAAGGGUUAAAACAAGCCAACAGGCUGCUGGAGUCUCAGCUGCAGUCGCAGAAGAAGAGCCACGAGAAUGAGCUGGAGUCACUGCGAGGUGAGAUCCAAAGUCUGAAGGAAGAAAACAAUCGCCAGCAGCAGCUCUUGGCACAGAAUCUGCAGCUGCCCCCAGAGGCCCGCAUUGAAGCCAGUCUGCAGCAUGAGAUCACCCGGCUGACAAAUGAGAACUUGUUUUAUGAGGAGUUGUAUGCAGAUGAACCCAAGAAGUAUCAAUCGUACCGGAUUUCCCUUUACAAACGGAUGAUUGAUUUGAUGGAACAACUUGAAAAGCAAGACAAAACUGUUCGCAAAUUAAAGAAGCAAUUGAAAGUAUUUGCUAAGAAGAUUGGUGAACUUGAAGUGGGUCAGAUGGAGAACAUAUCACCUGGACAAAUCAUUGAUGAACCUAUUCAUCCAGUUAACAUUCCACGGAAGGAAAAAGACUUCCAGGGGAUGUUAGAAUAUAAGAAGGAGGAUGAACAGAAACUAGUCAAGAACCUUAUAUUAGAGCUGAAACCACGUGGGGUAGCAGUCAACCUGAUUCCAGGACUACCAGCAUAUAUUUUGUUCAUGUGUGUACGCCAUGCAGAUUACCUUAACGAUGACCAGAAAGUGCGUUCAUUGUUGACUUCCACUAUCAAUGGCAUCAAAAAAGUGCUGAAGAAAAGAGGUGAUGACUUCGAAACGGUGUCUUUCUGGCUGUCCAACACCUGCCGGUUCUUGCAUUGCUUGAAGCAGUACAGCGGAGAAGAGGGGUUUAUGAAGCAUAAUACACCUCGUCAGAAUGAGCACUGCCUCACUAAUUUUGACUUAGCUGAAUACAGACAAGUCCUGAGUGACUUGGCUAUUCAGAUCUACCAACAACUGGUCCGAGUGUUGGAGAACAUUCUGCAACCAAUGAUUGUUUCUGGAAUGCUGGAGCAUGAAACUAUCCAAGGUGUCUCAGGGGUGAAACCGACAGGGCUGCGGAAGAGAACAUCCAGCAUUGCUGAUGAAGGAACCUACACUUUGGACUCCAUUAUUCGACAGCUGAACUCUUUCCAUUCUGUGAUGUGUCAGCAUGGAAUGGAUCCAGAGCUGAUCAAACAGGUUGUCAAGCAGAUGUUCUACAUCAUUGGAGCUGUAACACUUAAUAAUCUUCUCCUGCGCAAGGACAUGUGUUCAUGGAGCAAGGGAAUGCAGAUAAGGUACAAUGUGAGUCAACUUGAAGAAUGGCUACGUGAUAAAAAUUUGAUGAACAGUGGGGCCAAAGAGACACUGGAGCCCCUCAUACAGGCUGCACAGUUGUUGCAAGUGAAGAAGAAAACAGAUGAAGAUGCAGAAGCCAUUUGUUCAAUGUGCAAUGCACUGACUACUGCCCAAAUUGUAAAAGUACUGAACUUAUAUACUCCAGUGAAUGAAUUCGAAGAGAGAGUCUUGGUAUCAUUUAUACGUACAAUACAGCUGCGUCUGCGAGACAGGAAGGACUCUCCUCAACUGCUCAUGGAUGCCAAACACAUCUUUCCUGUUACUUUUCCAUUUAAUCCAUCCUCCCUGGCAUUAGAAACCAUCCAGAUCCCAGCCAGUUUGGGGCUGGGCUUCAUAUCACGUGUCUGAUCCCAAGGAUGUUCUGUCAGUGUUAGAUGGAGAGUUGUUUGCCUGAUACCAUUACCCAUUAAAUGUAGUGAGCCACUGAAAACACAUUUUUGAACAAACAGUCCCUGUAUGCUCAGAUUUGUUGUAAAGGUAGCUGGGAAACUACACAGCAGCACCACAGAUUGAAGGCUGAUAGAAAGAUGUGCGUUUGUAUUCAGUCAUUGCACUUACGAGGACAUUACUGAUUCAUGUGUUUCCAGAAAUGGAAAUUGGGUUUGGACAAAAAUUGUGUCUUCAGCUGUUUAGAGACAUUUUUAGAUCUUUAGUAACAUAUUUAAAUAGUGUAAAUUAAACUCCAUGUAUAACCUUCUCAUGGGCAGGGACCAAUUGGGACAGUCCAGUCCUCACAUGGAAGACGUAAAAGUAAGGCAUUUUGUAGUAGAAUAUGCAGUUACUUGGGAACCUGUUACCUUUAAUUUGUAAAAACUGGAAUGGAGAAGCAAAAACUUGCAAUAUAAAAAAUGAUUUCUUAAACCACUUAUUUAUGUCAGUUUGACAUAAAUUCUAGUGAUAAGUCUUAUAGCUUACUGUAUGCUAUAACAUAGAUGUUCAUUUGUUAGUAAUGUGGUUUACCAAGCAUAUUAAAUUGCUGCUGCAUAUUGAGUUCUUUUAAAUGUAUGACAGUAUCAUGGUAGGCACUAAAAAUAAGAUACUUCUUUUUUGGUUGUCAACCUUAUUUACAGUCCAAUGCAGUCUGUUAUUCUAACUGGAUUUUUGCAGAUGUUAUCAAAUAUCACCUGUAAAGGAAAAUGGUAACUAAGCACAAGUAGUACACUGGAAAUUACAUGUUUAGGGUUUUUUUUUGGUUUUGCUUUUUUUUUAAGUAGUUAUCUGAGAAUACAAAAUCUUGAAGCAGAUUAUCAGAAAUGAGUCAUGAUUUUUGUAUUUAUUUAGAUUUUGUAGCACGUCCAAUGUUCUUUGUUUGUAGACCCCAGAGAUGACAGUGUGCAUUUUCAGUAUAACGUAUUUUGUUGCCACCUCUAAAAAAAAAAAACUUUAAGAAUAUGUAUAUAUGUUUUCCUUCAUAUUUGUAUUUGAGAGGAAAAGCUAACAGAAAACUUCUGUGGUGGUGCAGGACUCAUUCCUUGGAAGGUUGGCCAACAAAAACGCAAAGUACGUUUUGACUCUGAUGCUGUCAUUGACUGCCAUUGGUGCUGAUUGAAUGGCUGGAGAUCCAGAGUGCGUAAUGAGAAACAGAGUUCAAUUGGAUUGCACAUCCAGUCGGGAGGGUUUUCUGUCUCACACUCCUUGGAUGUGUUACAGAAUUCACAUUUCACAAUGUGCAACACGUGGGCAGAGGCCCUCCGUAAGGUUCCAGUCUUGAACUUUACAACGUGUCCUUUGUGGUGUGUGGCUCAAAUACACACGUGGGAAAAAAAGACACUCACAUUACUCUGUUGCAUUGUGCAAUAUUUUUUAUCUAUGAUAAAAAUUAGCAACUUAGCAUUAAAAAUAUUGAGAAAUAGUCUAGAGGUACACUAUUAGUCUGUUUGGUACUUAGUGUUUGCCUGCAAACUCACAGAAAAAAGAUUGCUUCCAGGCAGACAGAAACGUUUCAGCUGUGUUUGACUUCAGAGGCAGACAUACUGUUGAUACGGUUGCUAAAAUGGGGAACAGAGGCAGCCUGAGCUUCAGCUGUAUCAUCUAAAGAUGCUCACAUUCUCUUAUUUUCAGAGGCGUAAAACCCAUGCUGUGUUUGAUGGACCAUGCCGACAUUUGCAAGAACUGAAUAUUUCAUUGCACAGAUAUUUGGAACGAUCCCUGCUGAUGGUUUCGGUUGUCUUUCUACGCAUGGUACACCAAACAUUUUUUUGUUGUUGUUAAUAUUACUUGAUUUCUGAACUACAUCUGCUGCUGAGUGGCUCCAAAUAAGAUCUAAUGUACUAACAGUGGGGUAUCGUGGCUUUCAGACUUUUAGGGUACUGUACUUGAGAGAAUGUAAUGGGAAGGCCUUCACAUCCAAGGGUAGGGAGGACGAUAUAUCAGAACGUGCUGACCUACACAAUUUUCUCCUUAUUGGAAAGCAUAGAAAUUGGCAUUACAGUAUGCUCAUACUCUCUAUCAGGAAACGUAUCCACUACGUAAGCAUUGGUGUAUUAAAACGUAUGCCUAACUGUAUUUUUGUUGAUUUCUAAAGUUUGUUUACCUGUAAAAAGCCUUACUGUAUCUGUUUCCUUAAGAAAGUAGUGGUUAGUAAUUUAUAGAUGUUAUCCUUGAACUCAGUGGUUUGACUGGUAUUACUUUUAUAUCAAUUUAAAAGUAGAUGCUGCUCGACAUGUUUGGAAGGAAACUACUUUGGGGUUGAAAAAGAUGUGUAAUUGGUAAAUCAUCUAAUAUUUUACCUGGCAGUAUUUUACAUGCACUUUUCAGAAGUAAAAUUUUAGUGUCAGUGUAUAAUAUGACUUUCACUUUAGGACUAAUAUCUCUUUAACCAUUGAAUAGGAUGCAGAGUUAUUUGAACAACUAUUUUUUUUCCUUUGAAUCAUGGUUAUGUUCUUUUCAUGUGGACAUAUCUUUUAUAUUUUAAUUUAUUAUCUAUUGCUAUAAUAGAUUCUAUUGGAUGCUGGAAAAAACGAUUCUCAAAGAGCCCUUAGAAUGAUAUACAGUUAUUCUAGAGAUUUUGCACAAUUACCUCAUUCUGUUUGGUGUACCUUUCUUCCAGUGAUUGUUUUAUUUCUGAUGCUUAGCACACGGUCUUCUAUCCAAAUUGUGAAAAUUGUUUCUCAGACUUCAAUCUGGGAUGGAACACGGAAGUGCUUAAGUCCAUUCAGUGUGAAUAAUCUGUUCUACUUAUCAGGAGGAGAACAAAAUAGGAUCAAUCUCAGCGUUGAAAAGUGGGUUGAUGAGCAGUAACAUCUGUUCCUAACUCGGAAACACCAGCAUUUGCAAUGGGAAGGUCUCUGAUUUAAACUGAACGCAUUUCAGAUACCAUACAAGUACUAGGGGUAAACAUGUUGGGUUUUUUUAAGAUGCCCAGAUUUCACCUGGUAAAUCAAAGCCUUGAAACACAGAUUUUCACUCAAUACCACUACAGUACAUAGAUGAAACCAAAACCUUGUCAGAAUGAUCUGAGCUCUGAUCUGUCGUAGUGUCCGAUGUUGUACUUAGUAAAUGUAUGCAUCAUAAAAGCUGUAGCCUAAUAGCUAUCACUGGAAAACGUCCAAAUAAAAAUACAGCUGUAAGAUUUA